AUGGUGCGUGCGGGUAAGUUGGCGGCUGGCGAAAGCGAGGCGGUCCUGGCGCUCGGGAGCCGCACUACAACCUUGCACCCUGAGCUCAAGAGGCAUCGCGCGUGGUGGAGAGAGAUAUUGAGCAAGAAUGUGCUCCGGGCGCUGGCCGACCGCGUCUCCUCCCCCCCUGCUGCUGAGAAGGGCCACGCCCCAUCUUCACUCCUUGUCGAAGGAGAACGCCACCCGCACGUGGAUCUCCUGGAGGACCUUGGUGCCUUCUUUUCGGCCGGCGGCACCAUCGAUGGAGGCGGGGCAAGCGGAGUGGUUGGUGCCCUCGCGACGGUCGUGGGGGACGCGGCGGGCUCGGACCUGGAAAGCAAGGAGCUCGCAGCCAUCAUUUGUGGCUCCGGCAAACACCUAGGAACGGUGCGGCUGGUCAGGAAGGCGGUUCGGGGAACAAAGCCACUGAUUGAGGAGCUUCGAGACGAAAGGCUUUCCAAGCUGGGCUUGACGGCUGCCAUAGGGGGAUACGACGACACAGUGGAAGCCUCGACAGCCUAUGAGGUUCGGCGAUUGCCGCAGCGGGGGCGCGGCGGCAGCGUCCUCCAGCCGGGGGGCGGCGGGGACGAGAGUAGCAGCGGAAGGGUCGUGCUGCUGCAAUGCAAUAACCUUGACGACAAGGUCGCAGCACUCGUCACGAAGGUUAAGCGGGCCAAGUGCUGGCAUGACCGCCACCCGGCAUGUUUUCUGCCGGUGGCGUGGGCGGUGUGCGCGGCCGUUGCGGCAAAGUGGCCGACUGACGGCGACUUGGGUGGCGGUGCGGGGGUGAUGUGGGAAAACGGUGGCGCACGUAAUCGUCGAGGUGGGGUUAGUGCUGCUCGUGUUCUUGAACGUGCUCGCGCGCGGAAGGCAAGGCAGCCGUCGCCGUUCUCCAUCCUCGCCCUGCUAGCCGCCUUCCUCGAUAAGGACAGCAAGGCUCGAGGGGUGUCGAAAGCGACCUUUGGGGCCGGCCCAAGCCCAACGUGUGCGAAACACAACCCGAAUAUCGGAGAGAUCUUCCUGCGGUUCUGCUCGUACGUGCGUCAGCUGGGGGUGAAGCCGGGCAGGCGGAAGUCGGCGGGACCCCCGGCGACAAUGAAUCUCCUCGAUAGCGGUGAGCUGGAGAUGUGGUGGUCGGCAGCGGCGGCGGUGGCGGCUACACCGAAAGGGAAAAAGCCACAACGCAGCGACCGCGGGGCGGAGACGGAACCAGAGGAGAUUGCGAUGGGGCAGGACCAAGCAGAUCUUAUUCGGGUGCAGGUAGGCGGCAAGGUCCUCGAGGACCUGGUUGAUGCUGCCUUGGUGUCUGGCCUCAGGCGAGCGUGCGCCGCAAUCGAGCAGUCGUUGACGCCUGAUGGAGCUCGCGGUCUGCCGGUGUGGGGCCAGGACAUCCGCUGGUCGUUGUUGGGUUUCGCCUUAGAGCAAAGCCAAGGGGAGAAUGACGAAGAGAGCGAGGGACGGGUGGGAAAGAAGAAAGAGGGUCAGCCUUCGUACCUCGACUGGAUGGAGAUCAGGCUGCAGAUGUGCAUGAACGACGGCAUCGACGAGAUGCCGGGCAUGUACGGCUUCAACGUGACGGGUCGGGCCCCGCUAGCACCGGAGGCGAUCGCUAACCUCGACCGCCAGCACGCGGCCGACGUUCUGCAAGCCCGCACGGCAGACGUGGUGUUUUCCGCGGCCCUACAGGUGCACGGUUCCGCAGCGGCGGAAGCGGAGCACGAACCAAGCGUCGAUGUCGCCCCACAGCAGGGUACGGGAGAGACAGUCGAUGUCGGAGAAGGGGCACCUACAGACGACAGUGUGAGCGGGAAGGUUGGGGCGGUGCUGGCGCUCGGGGAUCGACUCAUGAAAGAAGCCGCGGGCGUUUUAGCGUCGGCGAAGGCGACGACCUCCGAUGCGAACAAGGCGCCCGCUUCCUCGGGGGAGACAGAUGCCGCUGCAGAGAGCGAUGCCGCGCCCCCGAAACAGCCGAUCGUUGAGGGUGAAGCGAACCUCGGCAAAAGCGUUGGAGAGGAAAGAUCAAAGGAGGAUCGGGGAGCGGAGGAAGAAAAGGAGAAAGAGCGCGAGAAGGCUCUCGCGAAGCAGAAAGAGCUCGAGCGGAGGAAGGCCGUGGCAGAGAAAAUCAAGACCCUGGCCCUGAAAAAGAAAGAAGAAACCAAACGAGAGCUAGAAGCGCAAAGGGCUAAACGAGAGCUCGAAGCUCAAAAGGCUAAACGGGUGCUCGAAGCCCGUAGGGCUAAACGAAAGCUUGAAGCUGAAAGGCCUGACAAGGAGAGGGUAGAUGCCAAGACCAGCGCAGCAGAGGGGAAGCCACCGGAAGCCCUCCCUUUGUCUACUUCAUCCAAAGAUCACGGUGAUGGAGCUGCCUCGGGAGGCACUGCUAAACCUUCUCUCACUGCUCCCAACGGCGAUGGCGCUUCCUCGGGGGGAAAUGCUAAACCUCCUCUCACCUCGCCUGUUGGCGACGGUGUGGCGAGUGCCGAGAAAGAGGCAGAUGCUGCCCACAAAAUGCCAGAACCCGAGAGUUGGUCGGAAUGGCGCGCGUUGAGUUCAGACGAUGAAAGCGACAGGGGGGCUAGCGCUGGCGGAGACGUCAGUGACGGUGGACCUACGGCCCGGAACGUGCGCGGUACCGACCAAGGGUUCGAAAUAUCGGUGCGCCGAGGAUCCAGCCUUGAGAGACAAUCCGGUGACACCGAUGUAGGCCGACGUGGUGCUCACUGUGAGCGGUCUGCCAGCCCCCGUGGCCGGUCGUUCGGUCGCUCUUCUCGUAGCCAGGACCGAGGGAGCCGCUACGAUCGAGGAGACACCUCCCGCCGUUCCACGACGAGGGAACGUUGCCGCGAGCGAGGUGGAUACGCGGACUACGCUGGUCGUGCGAACAGAUCCCGCAGCCGCGAACGCGGCGGCAGCAGGAGGCCCACCAAGCGUUCUCGCGGGUACGGGACUCUCGCGCGCAGUGACGAAAGGGCCGCAGACGAGAGCCAAACCUCGAAACGAGCCAGGGUAGACGCUACUGCAACAACUCGAGCGGCGGCAGCGAGAACGGCGGCGCUGUCAAGCCUCAAGAAGCAGGAAUCCAUGGUGCUACCGGCUGCGGGGAAGGUGCCGCCGAGUACAACCGGUGGAUCGAAGGCUCUCAAGGGGCCUGACAGCGCAGGUGCAAAGACAGAUGAGGUGUCACAGGCCGCAGACAAGGUUUCUCCGAAAACGCCCGGCGUGCCCCAGCAAGACCGGUCGAAGAUGUCUAAGACCGGCGCGGCGGAGGCAUCGCCGCGGUCGGCGCCCAGCCCGAAGAGCCGUGGUAGUGCCGGUACGAGGACGGAAGCAUCACAAGCGACGAAGAAGGCGCCCGCGAAGACUGUCAAUACGAAGGUUCCCCCAACGACGUCCAGCGCCCCCAACAAAGCAGGGUCAACAAUCUCCAAGUCCAAAGGAGGGGUGGCAUCGGGUGUCUCGACACCUCAAUCCAAGAGCCCUGGUACUGCAAGUGCAAAGAAGGGCGGCGUGUCGCUAGCCGCGAAGAAGGGGCCAUUGAUAACGUCCAGUUCGUCCCAGAAAGGCGGGUCGGAGACUUCCAAAGCUGCUAGGACGGGGACGGGGACGGGGACGGGGACGCUAAGGACCUCAACGCCUAGCCCCAAGAGCCCUGGGAGUGCGGGCUCAAAGAAGGGCGGCGCGUCGCAAGCCGCGAAGAGGGUGCCAUCGAAAACGUCCGGCUCGUCCCAGAAAGGCGGAUCGGAGACUUCCAAAGCUGCUGGGACGGGGACGCUGCGGAUCUCAACGCCUAGUCCCAAGAGCCCUGGGAGUGCGGGCUCAACGCAGGGCGAGGUGUCACAGGCCGGGAAAAGUGCACUCUCGAAGGCGCCAAAUGCCCCAAAAGAUGGGCCGAAGAUUGCGAAAGCCCCCGGGUCGCUUGGCUCAACGCCCAGCUCCACGAGCCCGGGCAACACCGAUGGAAAGAAGGGGGAGGUUGCACAAGCUGCAAAGGCUCCAAGUACAACACCCAAGACCUCCCAGAAAGAGCGGUCGACGGUUGCGAAGAAAUAUUUGGCAGGAUCAUCCACCGGCUCGACGCCCAUCUCCAAGAGUCGCGGUAGUGCAGACGCUACGAAGGAUGUAUCACUGGGCGCCAAGAGUCCCACCGCAAACGCACCUACCGCGAAGAAGGUGCCAGCAAAAAAGUCUAACACAUCACAGAAAGGCGUGUCGUCUAUUUCCGGAGCUGCCGCGACUGUGGCACCGUUGGACUCAACACCAAACUCCAAGAGUCCCGGAAGUGCGGGUGCGAAGAAGGGUGAGGCGCCACGGGUCGCGAAGAAGGCGCCCCCGGCGGCGCCCAGUGUGUCCCAGAAAGACAGAUCGAAGGUUUCCAAGAACGAUCUGGCGAAAACGUCAUCGGGCGCAACAACCAGUCCCAAGGACCCUGGGACCGCAGGUGCCAAGCAGAAGAGUGUAUCACAGGCCGUGAAGAAGACGUCCUCGCUUGCGAAGGUACCGAAGACGUCAAGUGCGUCCCAGAUAGGCGGAGCAACGACGUCCAAAGCUACGGGGGAUGCGGGGCUGCUGGGCCCAACACCUUCCUCCAAGAGCGCUGGUAGCGCAAGCGCGAAGAAGGGCGGGGUAUCACCGAAGGUUGUCAAUGGACUCCAUGAAUCUGGUUUCGGAGAUCGAUCGCGGGAGCACAGUGGGAGCGAGAGAGAAGAAGGAGAGAUCGAUCUCUCGAUGGAGGCACAGCGGGGGCACAUGCACGGUGCCGCUGCAUGGAUGUCAUCCGCAACCAACCCCAACCCUGCAUUGAACUCACGAUCGCCACCGGUGACAGGCUGUGUCGUACCCCCACCACCCAGGCGGGGCAUGAAUGAAGAACGGGCGGUCAAUUUCUCGAUGGAGGCGAUGCGCAGGCACGAGCACGGUAGGAACUCACUAUCGCCACCGGUGACAGGCUCUGUUCCACCCCCACCAUCCAGGAGGGGUACUAAUGGAAAAGGGGAGAUCUACCACCCGAUGGAGGCGAUGCGGAGGCAAGAGCAUGCUGCUGCUGCAUCUAUUUCAUUUGGACACCACCCCAACCCCGCAUGGAACUCGAUAUCGCCACCGGUGACAGGCUUGGUCCCACCCCCACCACCCAGGAGAGGCAUCAAUGGAGAAGGGGAGGUCUACCACCCGAUGGAGGCGAUGCAGAGGCAAGAGCAUGCUGGUGCUGCAUCUAUGCCAUCUGCAAAAAACCCCAACGCUGCAUGGAGCUCGAUAUCGCCACCGGUGACAGGCAUUGUCCCACCCCCGCCACCCAGAGAUGUCUCGAUGAUGGCGAUGCGGGGGCAAGAGCAUGCCGCUGCUGGAUCUAUGUCAUCUGGAAACAACCCCAACCCUGCAUGGAAUUCACUCUCGCCACCGGCGCCAGGCAAUGUCCCACCCCCACCACCUGCAAGGGGCAAGAAUGGAGAAGGGGAGGUCGAUCUCUCGAUGGAGGCGAUGCAGAGGCAAGAGCAUGCUGCUGCAUCUACGUCAUCCGCAACCACCCCCAACCCUGCUUCGUCAAAAUCGCCACCGUUGUCAGGCAAUGUUCCACCCCCACCACCUAGCAGGGGCAAGCCCGGGAAGAACGCGGCGAAGAAACGCAGAAGAAAGGCACGCUUGAAGGCGGCGGCGGAAGAGAUUAACGCCGCCAACAUCGCAAGAGCAAAGGAAGCGAUGAAGCAACCGGCGCAGAGUGCUCCCUCUGACGGCAUGUCGGAGCAACCGGCAUCUGCAAGCUCGAAGAACAGAGCGUCCUUGGCGCAGCCUGUAGUUUUGGGAGGUGCGGGACAUUUGAUGGGUGCCGUUGCCGGUGGUGGCAGCACAGCGAUGACCAGCAUGGCCAGCACUGCACAAUCCGCGGGCCCUAGUACUAGCAGUGGUACGGUGGGAGCGACAAGCUUGGCGGCACCUCCAGAGGACGGCGACCCCGUUACCCAUGAUCCGAACUAUUGGUUUUUCAGCGGCGGCUUCAAUGCGAAAGAGUCGACAUAAGAGAACGUACGGAUUGAAGAGCCGAAAUCGCUUGUCACCCCAAAAUCGAUGUUUCUCCGAGACAAUCUAUCUUGUCCCUUUUCCUGAGGUAGUCUAGAACCCUGAGAAUAAAAGCUGAGGCCAAGGUUGCUUGGAUCAGCAAUCGCGGUCAAAAGAGUGAAGCAAGCGAGUGGGAAAUGUCUUCGAUCACCAUUUGUGAACGCAGUUGUACGUCGUGCUGUGUAGGUGACCAUAAUAGACACGCAGAGCCGGAAAUGAUUUGCCAGUUGCCGGAGACGUCGGGAUUGUGAAGGACUGGCAGCGUUUACUUCCAUUCGGCAUUGCUGCCAUGGAGGUAUGUUUCUGCGUUUGGUGUGAUCUACAGUACCACCUCGCACCAAUCCUGUGAGCUUUGUUCAUGGAUGCAUGUGUAGCUGUUGUUUCAGCCGAGGGAAAAGGUGCCUGGUUCUCCACCCCCACUCACGACCCGUUUCGGGGAUGUCUGGGUCAUCGUUUGGAAAUGCAAUGCAAUGGUGUGGCAAACAUGCACCCUUCAACUUU